CAUUCUAAGUGCUCCACACCGAAGCGUCGUGAUCGCAAAGCCGCUGUUAUAGCUGCCUAUAGCACGAAGAAGCAAACGACUGUAUCAACAUUCUCUGAAGCAUAUCACAACGGGACUGCGAGAAGAUGUUCAAGUUGUUCACAGUCACAAUCACGCUUACACUCUGCGUUGCAAGCACCUAUGGAGUAAAAAUAGAGGUGACAAUCAAGCCCUCUUCCAAAGCAAACUGCAAUGAGCAUACAGAAUCGGACGACAGGCUGAUAAUUGAUUUUAUUUCAAUUUUUGAGACGGACACGAACGGCCUGAUUUUGAGCGGUGGAAUAAUGCCCGUGGGUGAGAGUUUCCUAAAGAAUGGGAUCUCGAAAACGCAUGACUACACAGAGCAUCCCAAAGGAACUAUGGUUGGCCCAGUUCUUAGAUCGGAAAGAACAUCAAAGUAUCAUAUCAUCCUGCAUGUUCGCGCCAAAACCAUCAAGUAUGAUGAUGGUAUAUUUUACUACUACAGAGAAAGUCUCAUGAAGUGGGGAGAGUCUGAGGAUAAGCACACGGAACAGGAUGAUACUACCUUUCAUCAGUCUCCAUUUCUACCAGGUCAAGUCACCGUGAAACUCAAUGGGCAGACAGUGCUAUCGGUAGCGGAUGGGAAAAAUUUCUGCUACAAUAUGUACUCUUGGAUCCCUCAGCAUGGAAUGUAUCGCUUGAAUGCCACAACGCACGAAUGGAUUUACAUGUUCUACUAUCCAAUCCAAUUUCCGUCCGUACUUUCGUGA